UUCCACCAAGCCGCAACCUCGUCCCCGCAGCCUUGUCCCUCGCCUCGUCAUAUACUGGGCUGAAUCUUCCUACCAGUCUUCGAACGAUGGGCAACGACGGCGGCUCGAUCCCGACACGCCGCGAACUGGUUAAAUCGGCUGCCCGGGCGCCGACAGUAAGCGAACUCAAGGCAACGGCGCUCGAGAAUCUCAGCCAUGCGUGGACCCACGAUCCAUUGACUUCGGAGCGUCUUGAUAUGGAGAAUGUGGUUUCAGAUUGGCGCGGCCGUCUGUACAACUAUGAGUCGGUUCUCAGGGGCUUGAUGCCGAGUGGCAAGGACGACGCCGCUGUCGCUCCGGCGCUCAUGAACGGUGAGUCGCCGGAAUUGACUUUCGCGUCGACCGGCAUCACAUCGCUGCGUGACGUGGUAAAGCUCAAGUUCAGGCGCUAUGCGCCCCCUGGAGCCAAGGGACAGGAAAUCUGGGCCUGUCCGCUUUCGCUGAAGGAGUUGGGCCCCGCAACAAAAGCGGUUUACCUCGUGCCAUGCGGCCAUGUUUUCGCCGAGGCGGCCAUCAAGCAGAUCCAAGAAGAUGUCUGCCCCGAGUGCAGUGAGAAGUUCCAACCCGAAAACGUCGUCCCCAUCCUGCCGACCGAGAAGGCCGACCUGGACAGCUUAACCACGAGGAUCGGCGAUCUCCGGGCGAAGGGGCUCACCCAUAGCCUCAAGAAGGACAAGAAUAACGGCAAGAAAAAGCGCAAGGCGGAGGAGGCAACCGGAGAUGGUCCGGGUAGGCUAAAUGAGUCUGCAAGGGAUGGGCGAGAAGAUGAGGACGGGGCAACUACAAAGGCGGCGUCUAAAGUCGACAUCAGCAGUCGAGUGAGCCGCAUCAACAAUGCCAUGACCGCGUCUCUGACAGCAAGAGUCCUCGCGGAACAGGAGGAGCGUAACAAGCGGCGUAAGCUGGCCGCUGCCGCAAAAUAAUCAGGUGUUGGAGCUGGGGAGGAGGAGGGGGCUGACGGGGACCUGGUCUCAGCGACCUUUUUCGUCUGCUGCUGUUUGAUGCGCGAUUGAUGCCGCCGCCGUUCCUCUGCGAAAUGCAUACAAUGUCGCGCU